GCCCCCGCCUGGGCUGGCUGCCCUCGGCCACGAAUGGAGGGAGGCGCGCGGCGGCAACGCGCCCCCACACCGUGAGUUUCGCGGACCAGGUCGUCGCCGUUGCGGCGGACGGCAGCGUCCAGACGGAACCCCUGGGUGGCAGGCCGCGCGAACGACCGCCCGACGAUCACCUCGGUCACCUGCGGCGGGUUUUGCGCCAGCGGCUCGAGGAGGCGCGGCGGCCCGCGCUCCCGCCUGCUGCCGCCCUGUUGGGCCCGCUGCCCGACGGGCUCAAGGUACGGAUCAUCGGCAUGUUAUCCCUGCCCGACAAGCUGCGGCUGUUCCAGGCCUCCUGUGGGGUCGCCUGGACCUUCGAGAGCAGCCCCUGUCGGUUCGCGGAGGCGCUGGAGUCGGAUCUGCGGGACGCCGGGCCCCUGCAGCAGCUGGAGGGCGCCAGGCCGCACAGGGGCGCGAAUGCCGACGUGGACCUGGGCCUCGGUUCCGGCUCCGGCUACCAGCUGUCCAUGCUGAGGGAGUACAGGGCCCUGGUCGCGAAGCAGGCCCAGGACAUCCGCUCCCUACAGCAAGGCUGGGCUGCUGCGGAGCAUUCGCUGCGGGACCAGCUCGCCACGCUCAGGGAGCAGCUGCAGGCGUGCAUCGCGAGGUGCACGGAUGUGCCUGCGGCCGUGGGCGAACACAACGACGACGCAUCUGACGGCUCGCUCCCGCCCCUCGUGGUGGAGGAUCGAGGCGACGUGUGCGAGUUCGCCGACGCCGACGGGUUCGACACCUUCGAUGUCUUUCUCGAGGGGGCUGUGGGCCUCAGGGCCUCGCCUCCCCUGCCCGCUCUCACCGACG